UGCUAAUAAGUGAUAAGUCAUUGAUAACGAAAAUUACAUUCGAGUUCUGUAUUCGACCGCAUUGUGAAAAUUAUUGCAAAUUGCACUCCAACGACUUAACCCUGCACUCUAAAUAUCCCGACUUUCGGCCAAAUCGUUCGCGUUCAAUAAUAAAAAAUGAAAGGUCUUUUGGCACUGAGGAGAAUUCAACAUCGGCUGUACACAGAUUUCGAAUCCUUAUGCCACAUGAUACUCGGACAUGGUCCUCCACCAGCUCUUUCUUUUACAAGUCCUGCCGAAACACUCAAGCCGACCACCACAGCUCUGACAAAUGUUCAGCGGCUUUUUGGAGAUUCUAUUCUUUGGGCAGUGCCCAAACACAGGCGCACAAUUGAGAAAAGACUAAAACGCAAAUUUGGUUGUAUCGAUGAUUUUUAUAAAAUGCUGAUACCUCGCACAGAUUUACUCACAUGUAACCAAUGCGGUCAUAGUUAUCAGAGACGCCAUUUGUGUCCAAAUUGUUACAAGAGGGUUAAGGAUGAAACCACAGAGUUUCAGGAAGUGAUUGAAAAAGAGUUAGCCUUAGAACCUAUUGAACAGGAAGUAGUGGUUCUUUAUAAAGGAGAGAAAACCAAGCAACCAGUAGAAGAACAUUGGAAAGGUAAAAGAAUCAUUGAACUUAAAAGAGAAAAACCGUCUUGGUUCUGUAGAAACUUAUUACAAAGGACUACCAUUGGCAACUCUGAUUCAAAAGACGUACAACCAUCUGAAUUAGCUUAAGCCAGUUUUUCUUUUUAGUAUAAAGUUGGUUGCAAUUUUAUUAAUUUCCAUUCACCUUCAUCAAUAUAUUAAUUAAAUCAAGUAGAAUAUAUUACAUUUAUAAAAAUUAACAAAUUAAUGUAAUAAAUUUAUAUAUAAACAAUGA